CGGGACAGUCAGGGAGGCAAGCGGGAGGUUUGCAAGCGAGGAUGGAAGAGAAACUCAGCAAGGUUGCUUUGUGGCUGAAAAAGACAUAUGGGGACCAGCCCAUCCCCCCAUACGAAGCAGAUGCGCAGACGGUUGAUAUUCUACACGAGCUUGCAGAAUGCAAUGCAUCCAGAGAUGCAGACGUCAAGCUUUUGAUUGAUGACCUGAAGCAGAAAGCAGCAGAAUAUGAAUCAGAUGGAAACUACCUGCAGGAUCUUUUGAGGGAGAAUCUGAAUCUUUCCUUCAGCAGCCUGUCUAAAAUCAGCACCAGCUAUCUGAACACCUUGGUGGACAUAGCUUUGGCUCUGGAAACAAAGGAUACUUCUCUUGCAAGCUUCAUUCCUGCCAUCAAUGACUUGACUUCGGAUCUGUAUGCAGUGGAGUCAAAAAACAAAGACAUGGAGCUUGAACUGAAUGGCCUGAGAAAGAAACUCACGUCGGCGCUGGUGCUGGAAAAACGUCUCCAAGAUGACCUCAGGAAAACAGAAGAACUUAUAGUAAUGGAAAAAGCGAAGGCUGAUAGCCGAACCCAGAACUUGAAGUUCCUAAAAGAGAAAUCUGAAGAUAUGAAAUGCAGAGUGAAGGCUGCAGAGGAACAACUUUCAGCAAGUGGGUUGGACGCUUCCCUGACUCAUGAGUCUCUAGUGGAUCUUUCUGAGAAAUUGGCAGAAUUAAAGAAGCAGGCUAUACCUUUGAAGAAGAAACUGGAGUCGUAUCUGGACCUUACACCUAGCCCUUCUCUUGCUCGAGUGAAGAUCGAGGAAGCAAAAAGAGAACUGGAAGCGCUUGAAGCCGAGUUUUCAGCAAAAGUGGACAUGACCUCACGUUCAGUAACUUUGCCUACCAAACACCGGUUUAUUUAAUACGUCUGCUAUAAAAAGGGAGGACAGUUGUAAGUCUGGGGGAUGAAAAACUGGUAUGUUUUGGUUACUUUCACAGUAUAUAACUCUGUCUUUUACUUUCAUUUUUCGAACAAAAGCACUUGUUUUUUACAAGUAUGUAGCUUCUUUAUUAUGUAUAUAAUUCUGGUUCUGGUUUUAUUUACUUGAGAAUGUUCACUCUUUCUGAAUAAAUCUUUACAAUAAG